GACACGCGAGUGCAAGAGUUCAGCGGAUAAACCCACACAGCAGAGUCCAUCAGAGAUUAGCGGGUGAUGUGAAGCGCUUCAGGUCUGGAUUUGUAUAUCUGUAUUCGGUGUUUAAAGGCUUGAUCAGCUGGCUGUGGUGAAGGGACAGGCUGUGUGUGACUGAGGUGUCAGACUGUGCGCGCCGUCCCACGGAAAGGGCUGCAGUAGUCGAGCUUUAUCUCCUAUGAAGACUACUGGAGAACCACAGAGCCAGAACCAGCAAGAGGUGUACAGACACCAGCAUCUCCCUGACAACAAACCCUUCUGCUGGACCAGGAUGACCCAUCCCUCUCCAGUGCGGAGAAGACUGCUGGGGAUGCUGUUGCUGUUGUAUUUGCCUCAAGUGCACUGCACGAAGGAGAGUGUGCCCAGGGUCAAGCUCAGCUACAAAGAAUUGUUGCACUCUGGCAGUGUGGUGCCAUUUGUGGGCUCCAGUGAUGGAAUGCAGUUUGAGACAUUCCUAUUGGAUGAGGAGAGGAGCAGACUCCUUCUGGGGGCCAAGGAUCACAUCUACCUACUGGACCCAGACAACAUCAACAAGCACCCUAGAAAGCUGAGCUGGCCAGCUCCCAGAGACAGGGUGGAUAUGUGUGUCCUGGCUGGCAAAAACCCGCUUACUGAAUGUGCUAAUUUUGUUCGGGUUCUGCACAAUUAUAACCGUACCCAUAUCUACACAUGUGGCACUGGAGCCUUCCACCCCACCUGUGCCUUCCUAGAGGUCAGGGGCCACAAAGAGUUAAAGGAUGGCUGGCUUCAUCUGAUCAGCAGCAGUAUGGAGUCCGGCAGGCUAAAAUGCCCUUUUGACCCCGGCCAGCCUUUUGCUUCAGUACUGACUGAUCAGUAUCUGUAUGCUGGUACGGCAUCUGAUUUCCUGGGAAAGGAUAGCACAUUUAGCCGUUCUCUUGGUCCUCCUCCAGACCAGCACUACAUCCGUACUGACAUCUCAGAGGACUACUGGAUCAAUGAGGCCAAGUUUAUAGCAGCCCAUCCUAUCGCAGACACCUUCAAUCCCGAUGAUGACAAGAUUUACUUUUUCUUCCGUGAGAUGUCCCGAGAUGGGAGCACAAGAGACAAAGGCGCGCUGUCCCGCGUAGCACGCGUCUGCAAGAAUGAUGUGGGAGGUUUGAGAAGUCUGACCAAUAAAUGGACAACGUUCCUCAAGGCCCGCCUUGUGUGUUCCAUUCCAGGAACAGAUGGAGUGGAUACACACUUUGAUGAGCUCCAGGACAUCUUUCUGCUUCCCAGUAGAGAUGAGAGGAACCCUAAAGUUUAUGGAGUCUUCACUACAACCAGCUCUAUUUUUAAGGGCUCAGCAGUGUGUGUGUACAACAUGGAGAGUAUCCGUGCUGUGUUUAACGGACCGUAUGCGCAUAAGGAGGGACCAGACCAUCGCUGGGUGGAAUAUGAGGGAAGAAUCCCUUACCCAAGACCAGGCACGUGUCCGAGUCGCACCUAUGACCCACGUAUAAAGACCACUAAAGACUUCCCUGAUGAUGUCAUCAGUUUUAUUCGUGUGCACCCACUCAUGUACCACUCUGUGUACCCCAUCACGGGCCGGCCUAUCUUCACUCGGAUCAACACAGAGUAUCGGCUCACUCAGAUCGUAGUGGACCGUGUCCCCGCUGAAGAUGGGCAGUACGCUGUCAUGUUCUUGGGUACAGAUGUUGGUUCAGUUCUGAAGGUGGUUAGCAUCACCCAGGAAAACUGGGCUACAGAAGAGAUUGUGUUGGAAGAAUUACAGGUGUUCAAGAAUCCCUCACCCAUCCUUACUAUGGAAAUCUCAUCUAAACAGCAGCAGCUGUUUGUCGGAGGGGGGGAUGGCCUUGCACUGGUGGCCCUGCACAGGUGCCACAUUUACGGGCAGGGCUGUGCUGAGUGCUGCCUAGCCAGAGAUCCAUACUGCGCCUGGGAUGGUUCACACUGCGCCAGAUACAUACCGGCUUCCAAGAGGAGAGCUAGGAGGCAGGACAUCAAACACGGAGACCCAUCCAGCCAUUGCUGGGACACUGAUGAUGUGUUGGGUAAGAACAUAGAAGAGAAGGUGCAGUAUGGUGUGGAGAGUAACUCGUCUUUCCUGGAGUGUGUUCCUAAAUCACAGCAGGCCCAGAUCCGCUGGUUUAUACAGAGAGCAGGAGCAGACCACCGCCAAGAGAUCAAGCCGGAUGAGCGUGUGUUGGUGACAGAGCGGGGGCUGCUCAUUCGCUGGCUGCUGCGCAGUGAUGCUGGCUCAUAUUUUUGUACAUCACAGGAGCACAGCUUCACCCGCACUCUGCUAAACCUCUCUCUAAGAGUGCUGGAGCGAGGGCAGCUCCACGGACAGCAGGUGGACUCUAGAGGGCCUCUUGAGAACCCCACGGUUGUGGCCGUCAUGGCAUCAGAGUCUCGGCAACGCUAUAAGGACUACCUGCGUGUGCUGAGUGCACCCUCUCUUGAUGAGUACUGUGAUACGCUGUGGCACAGAGAGAAGAAACAGAGGCAGAAAGGCAAGUGGAAACACAUCCAAGAGCUGCGCAAGAACAGGAACAGACGACACCACCAGGGGGCGUCCAUCUGAGAGGAUUCAAGAGGAGAGAGGUGUAAAGAUACCCAUAAACAGCACUGGUUUUGGACUCACUAUGUCCUAAGCCAAACCUUUUUCCAGCACAUAAAGUGGAAAUACAGAUCUCUUCUGGUCAAGGGUGACCAUCUCAAGCUCUUUAGAGCAAUGGUUUGUUGAUUUUCCUGCCAAAACAUACCAGAUUCAUCUCCGUUAUUUAUUCAUUUUUAGCACAGUUUUCUCAUCUAUUUAGUCAUGUCUAAUUCCACACACUAGGUAGGUCUCCCUCACAUCACGCAGUGCUAUCAUGAUGUUGGGUAAAGACAAGUCCAUGUGUGAAGCUCCACCACAUCUUUUCAAAUUUCUGCUAACGCAACAUCAUUGAACAGCUCGACAAACUUAGAGGAGAACACUAACUGCUAACAGACACCAACAUUGGUUUUCAUUGUCACUGAGUAAUGAAGGGCCACCCUACCCACCCAGAGCGAGGCCAAUAAUGCUAUCUUGGACUCUCGGCCAUGGAUAGCUGGAUCUAGCUCCCAGCGAUAGAACCAACCCUUCGAUAGUUGCAUCUGAACACAUAGGUGUGUUUGACCAGGGAAAUCACCAAGUUGUCUGCUGGAUAGUGGCCUUUAAGUGCCUAACUGGACACCGCUGCCAUUGGACCAAUGUUCUGGUUAUUAGUAUCCAGAACUUAAGUUAAUCAGCAUCUCCAUACUAUAACCUUUCACGCAGAAUCAAAACACACUAUAGCAUGAAAAUGGCCAUAUCCACCUGCAAAAGCACCAGCCUCUGAACUGCUGAAUAGGUUCCACUUUCAGACCAAAAUGGCUUAUAUUGCGCAUGCAUUUAUUACAUUUUCUGAAAAGGAGGAGCUUUUCUUUUUGGUCUAAAACCUUCACACUACAUGUCCAGAAGCAAGACGUUGCUCAUUCACAGUUCUUUAUUAUAACAAGUAAUGAAAAUGCAUUCAUGUUGAAUGACUGUAAAUAUAUAUUUUGUACAGGAGAUUGUGCAUGCUGUAGUACUUUUAACAUAUAAAUCUUUUGAGGACUGUGUUGAUAACCGUACAUUUACGUUAGGUAGAAUGAAUGUGAUAUUUUUGUAUAUUGCCAUCAUGUUUUUAUAGCUAGUUUGUUUAUGGCAUAUGAACUUAUUUAAGGUUAUGACAGAGUUUAAAUAAACUCUCUCUUCUACA